GCCGGCGCUGUCGGCAGGGCGCGGCGGCGGCGGGGACAUGGAGUCGUCGGUGUCGGACGUGGAGGUCUGCAAUCUGGCUUACGCCGGGCGGCUGGAGGAGCUGCGGGCCCGGCUGCAGCGCGACCGGGGCCUGGCCACGCGCGCGGACCAGGACAGCCGGACCGCGCUGCACUGGGCCUGCUCGGCCGGACACACGGCCGUCGCCGACCUCCUCCUCGGCCUCGGCGUGCCCGUCGGCGACAAGGACGACGCUGGUUGGACUCCCCUACAUAUUGCCGCAUCGGCAGGCCGUGAUGAAAUUGUGAAAGCGCUCAUUGACAAGGGUGCGCAGGUGAAUGCUGUCAAUCAGAACGGCUGCACACCCCUGCACUAUGCAGCCUCCAAAAACAAGCAGGAGAUUGCGAUCAUGCUUUUAGAGAACGGAGCUGAUCCAGAUGCAACAGAUCAUUUUGAGUCUACUCCAUUACACAGAGCAGCAGCCAAAGGAAACCUAAAAAUGAUACAGAUACUUCUGCGGCACAAUGCAUCCGUUAAUAUACAGGACUCUGAAGGGAAUACUCCUCUUCACUUAGCCUGCGAUGAAGAAAGAGUGGAUGAGGCAAAGCUGCUGGUGUCUCACGGUGCAAGUAUUCACAUUGAGAAUAAAGAAGAAUUGACCCCACUGAAAGUGGCAAAAGGUGGCCUGGGAGCCAUACUUAAAAGAAUGGUGGAAGGCUAGUGGGGAUUCUUGACUUUGUCUUUCCUGUUGCACUUACACUUCAGAUUACAAGCUUCAUAUUUUCAGUGUUCAACUACAAUGGCAUAUAUGAGCAUCACCAUAAUAAUAAAAUGUGUACCUCAAUUUCCUUCACCUAUGCUGCCCAAACAGCCAUUUAUACUUCUGUUAAUUAAACAGAUCACUGCUUUUAAAGUAUUUUUCAAAAUCUUGCAGUUUUCUUUGUUUACAGUGUGAGCUGUAUAAAUUAGGUCAUUCCUUCUGUUUUCAGAGCCUUGUGUAGGAUUGUAUCUUUCAAGCAACAGGACCAAAAAUGCUUUAAUCUCUUAAAGUUGGUUUUAUUUUGGAAGCCUGUUCUAGAGUUAACUUUGCUUUCCCUUAACCUCUGUGUUUGCUUCUGUUUUUAUAGGUACUGAUCCUUUUCCUUCAAAUGGUUCUAAAUUAUGCUUCUCCCUGUAUGUUAUGCAAUUUCCUCAGGUAGUUAUAAUUGUACUUCUUCUUACUCUUGUCAGUCUUUUGGACUGAGCUCUGAGUCUUUUACGCAUUUCUCUUGUUAUCCCUUCUUAUCUUGAUUCUUUGACUCUUUAAUUGUAUUCAUUUAAUGGAGCACUCUGGACUGUCUGCAGAAUGCAGAUGCAGUUUCAUAGUUUCCUCUGCAAAGAUUCUGUUGUACAAUUAUAUACUCUGGGAACUUUUCAAGAGUAUGUUUUGCCUCUUAUUUAUAGAAGGAAUAACAGCAAGUAAAAUACCUUUUUCAUUGCUGCUUGACUCUCAUUAUGCAGUACUGAGAUUUUGAUGCAGUUUACCUCUUAUUUAAUAACAGAAGCUUAAGUUAAACUUCAGUCAUAGCAAAUAUUGCCAGUAAGUUAUUAGAAGGUAGUGUGUUUGUAACUAGCAAAUUGGUAUAAAAGUAGAUGCAUUUUUUGAGCUUUACUCUACUUUAUGGCCUCUAAUGCCGUCUUCUCAUGGCUUGACCUGGCAGACUCCUAGCCAAAGCUUUAUUUCUGUGUUGUAAGUAACCUUAGUUUUUGCAGUGAAAACUGUUGCAGCAGUUACGGAGCAACUUCAUGCCCAUGGUGAUAGUAAAGCCCUCUCUUUAAUCAACUUCCUGUGAAUUUUCCAUGCUGUUACUAAUGCUUGUAAAAAUUAUAUUUGGAAGAAAUACUUUUUAAGUAUUCUGAGACACUAUAAGAUACAAUUGGGGAAACCUCUCCCCUGGAAAAGUCUUCUUGCUGCUAGGAGGACAGGAAGAGCCCUGAGCUGUAGAGCUGAGUUUUCUUGAAAUUGUUAGGAAACUGAAGAGGAUUUUCUGCAGAAAAGAGUAAGCAUCUUGUUUUAAGGGUGACAAAAAUGUUUUCCUGCUGUUAGUGCUUCAAAUAAAGAUAAGAUUUGAGGGAUAAGACAGAGUUGUAAGAUGACUUCCAACUCGAGGUAAACGCUUCCAAAGCUUGUAUAUGGGAAUAAAAAGGAGAGUAAACAUCCUUAUACGUAGAUUAUUAGAAAAACUUCCUUCUGGCAAAUUAAAUGCUGACUCUAUUUGUGUCAGCUUUUGUUUGGGCAGGGGGUAAGUGAAGCUAACCUUUACACUGCUUUUAACGGCAAUCUUGAAGGCUUCUGUGCACUUAGCACUUGCACAUUCAUCUCUUCUGCACUAGUUACUAAUUUCUGAUCGAAUCAGUGUGUGUGGAGGUGGGGUUUUGUUUUGUUUUUUAAUAAUGGAAGUUAAAUUCAGCAUUUUAAUGUUAAUCGGUAAAACUGAAAUUACUUACUACUUAAUGAAAGAUCAGUAACUAACAUUUCUGACAGCAGAUUUUUUUUUGAGAGAGGAAAGGACAAAGUUCAACACAUAACCUGCUGUUCUGAUGUUGCUAAGAAUACUUGGGGCACUAGUGGGCUAGACUUUUCCCCUUUCUGAACAGGUGAUGAAGGUAAAAUUCUGUGAAAUAAAAACAUUUUUCGAAACAA